AUGGCUCUGCUCCCGACGUCCGAAGCGCAGCGCGACGCGAUCGUCACGUGGCUCGAGCGCCGCAACAACUUUGCGCGCGUCACGCGCCUCGUGCGCGCGUCCGGCAGCAGCAGCAGCAGCAGCUGCAGCAGCGACAGCGACGCCGCCGCUGCGCUCGACGAGUUGGCCGCGUACGUCAACAGCGCGUCGCCCCGCGCGGCGUGGGACCGGCAGCUCGCGACGCAGAUGCUGCGGCACUGUUUCCACGAGUUCCGCGCGACGGCGGCCGAGGCGGCGCGGCCCGGCUUUGCGCUGAGCCGCACGGACGAAGUGUUUGGCAUCCGCACGAUUGAGGAGAAGCUGCAGCACAUGUGCCGGCACUUUGUGCGGCUGCAGCGACUGGACGGACCCGUGCGGCGGCGCCAGUUGGAGGCGAGAAGCGGUGCAGAGGAGGGAGGGACUAAGACGGGAGCGGGGGCUAAGACGGGAGCGGGAGCGGGAGGGGGAGGGGGGGCACUGUCGGAGCAGUGGACGGCAAAGGAAGAGCGUCGACGAGGCGCGAGGCCCGUGCAGGAAGGGAAGCAGCGGGGCGGGAAGACGGGAGCAGCGCGCACGCGGGAGAAAAUGGAGGAGGAGGACGACGAGGACGACGAGGACGAAAACGAGGAGGACGACGAGGCUGGGGGUGCUGCUCGUGGCAAAGAGCGAGAGGUGCAGCUGCCCGAGUUGAUUGAGAUCAUGUCUGAAGACGAGGACGACAAGGGACCGCCCGUGUUGCUCGUGACAGGCGGGGAAGGCAAGCGGCGAAAACGGGUGCGCCCGGUCGGGGGCUCUGAAGACGUGGCACGCAGUGGCAGCGACGAGUGCCUGCAUGGGCAAGCGAAAAAGCUGAAACGCGCGCAGGGCCCAGCAGUGCAAGUGGGUCGACCAGCGCGUCGAUCAGACGACGUGACGGCGCACGCAAAAGCGACGCGAAGCUCGUCAAACGCUGGACGGAGCUUGGUCUCAGACGCGAGUCCAGUCGGUACGACACAUAACGGUAGCGGGGUUGCUCCACGUCGUGCAGUGGUGAUUCGCGACAAACGGGAGCUCACUGGGGCAACGAGUGCGUUGAAAGCCAUUGCAAGCGCCACACGUGGUGCGCAAGAAUCGACUGAGACCAUACCGUUGACGUCAAGUCCUGCUCCGCUACGAGGCACAAACGCGGUGGUACCGUGUCCCGCAAUGCCACAGAACGUGACUCCACGUCGGACUUUACCGACAAAGGUGGCACAAGGUCGUGAUGGAACUCAAAGCGUUGCACCAACCUUGGCUUCUUGUCAAAGCACUACACAAGUAUCAACUGCUUCUGCAUGCGAUGCACAAAGUCAAAGGCCAUCAGAACCGUCACUGCAUAAUGCAAAUGAGCAGCCUGUACCAUCACGGCUGCAAGUCCCGGCUACUUUUCAAUCAGCGAUCGCAAAAAUUGUGUCGCAGUGCCUGGAUCUGCUCGACUUUCGAAUCGAUCGGUGCCCACCCGGUAGCUGCAGUUGUGCAGUAGCUCCAGGAAAAGACGAGGAAGCAGACGAGGCUGCAAAAGUCAACACAUGCUCAACUAGUAGUGGCAGCCGACACAAUGGUUCGCCCACUCACCAUGUGUGUCGACGUCACGGCGCCCAGGCUGCUUUAGCUACCGAUGCGACGACUGCACAGGGUCCCGUCAAGUCCAAUGAGCACGAAGUACCGAUGAAGUUAAACCCGACACUUGCUGAUCAUCAAAGGGCGGCAAUGUUGACUGAUGACCACAUUCCUCUGCUGCUCGACCUGCCACAUUGUGUCAGCGGCGAUACCGACUUGGAGCGACAACGCUCGUACUUGAGCGCUAAGAAACUUGCUUUUGAGCAGUACAAGUGGACUUAUGAGAAAGAGUUGCAAGAGCAGGAAAUGAAGGUGCUUCGAAGCGAGAUGGAGAUUCGUGAGGUCUGUGCCCAGAAAGAGAUCGAAUACCAGCAGAUGAGCAUUCGAGCCGACGUGAUUUAUCGCAUGAUACUCGCAGGUGCGAGCGUUGAGGAUACUGCCGAGCGAUUAGCAUGGCUUUAA